AGGUGGGGACUGGGUGGGGGCUGUGACCUGGAUAUAAAGAGAAUGAGUGAAUGAGUGCAUGAGUGAAUGAAUGAAUGGAAAAAUUAUUUAAUAAAUGCAAGAUAAAUGUUCAUUUCAAUAAAAAAAUUUUUAAAGGUGUGUGUUGGGGGGGUUCCCUGGAAGAGCAGCCAGCACUCUUAAGCACUGAGCCAUGGCCCCAGCACUGCAAAAAAAAGGCACAGGUGAUUGUGCCUUCUCCAAUAUGUUUUAACACUACAGAUAUGCUAACGUUGGCUUGCUCUACCACCUCCAACCUCGGGGCCUGACACAAACUUUCUUGUGUCUUUCCAUUUGCACCCCUGGUAACCCUGAAGCAGUAUGAUACUAAAUACUAAUGACAAAGGAGCUCUAGGAGCGGACAUAUGUUAUGGGCUGGGUCUCGUCAGCUCAGAGAAACUCAGCAAAGCAGUGAAUGAAUGAGUACCUUUUGUUAUGACCAACUUCAUUGGGAGUACUAGUCAUAUUUCAUUAACCUGUUAAAGCCCUUUUUAAAAGUUUAAAAUCAACCUUUUUUUCUGAGAUAAUAAUUAAGUAAUUUCUUCUUUCCCUUCCUCUCCCAACCCAACAUUUACCCCCACAGCUUCUUUGUUAACUUUUGCGACUGUGUGCACACAACCUGCUAAGUCCCUAUGUUUCUUUUGUGUAUGUGACUUCAGGGUCAACCAUCUGCUACUGGAUAACCAGCUAGGCGCUCUUCCCUGCAGAGGCUUAUCCAGCCAGCCCCCCCACCUCCAGCAUCCCUCUAGUGCCUGGAGUUCUUUGUGUAGGACUGAGACCUCAUGAACUUUCACUCCCAGUGGAAGCAUGUCUGUUGGUUCAGGUCAUAUUCAGGAAGCCAUGUUGGUGAGACUUCAUGGCUGUGGUUUCUCUGGCAUUUUUAGGAGAAUCACACACACAAAACACCCACCCCUCUGCCUCUGACCGUUUUUCUGUCUCCCCUUCUGCAAUGAUCUCUGAGCCUUGGCUACAGGAGUUGUGUUGCAGAUAUCAUACUGGGCUCCAGAAUGGUCUUCACCUGUUGUGAAGAGACACUUCCUUGAUGAGGGGUGGGGACUACACUCCUCUGUGGGUAUAAGGAUUAGUGUCUAGAGUGCAGUUAGGGGUUUAUGCUGGUUUAGUAAAGUGGUCCUAGGUUCUCUGCCAAGAUCCAUGACAUUGCUAUCUCUGGGGUAGUUGGUACCAGGCAGGAUUUCCCUCUAGUUGAUGAGCUCUGAUUGGGGGGGGGGGGUCAGUAUAGAAGAAGGAAGGUGUACUGGCUGGUGUUGUGUGUUAACCUGACACAAGCUGGAGUUAUCACAGAGAAAGGAGUCUCCUUGAGGAAACUCUUCCAUGAGAUCCAGCUGUAAGGCAUUUUUUCAAAUAGUGAUGAAGGGAAGAGGAUCCAGCCCAUUGUGAAGGGUGCCAUCUCUGGGCUGGUAGCCCUGUGUUCUAUAAGAGAGCAAGCCGGGCAAGCCAGGGGAAGCAAGCUGGUAAGCAUCACACACAUAACCCCUCCAUGGCCUUUACAUCAGCUCCUGCCUCCAAGUUCCUGCCCUGUGUGAGUUCCUGUCCUGACUUCCUUUGGUGAUGACCAGCAAUGUGGAAGUGUGAGCUGAAUAAACCCUUUCCUCUCCAACUUGCUUCUUGCUCGUGAUGUUUUGUGCAGGAAUAGGAACCCUGACUAAGACAGAGGUGAAAUAACAGCCAGGAUGUUUAAAAAGUUGUAAGGAGCCAUAUUAUUACUUACCCACCUAAAAAAAAAUGCCCAUAUUGUACUGACUAAGAGUUCUGUAAACUAGAAACAAUACAGUCAUUUGGGAAGAGGGAACCCCAUGAAGAAGAUGCCCCCCAACCAGACUGGCCCAUGAGAUAUUUUCUUGAUGAUGUGGGAGAGUCCUGCUCUCUUUGCAUGAUGCUAGAGAAAUGGGUGGUCCUGGGUGCUUUAAGAAAUUAGGCCGAGCAAACCAUGAGGAGCAACCCCAUAGACAGCACUCCUCCCUGGCCUCUGCAUUAGCUCCUGUCUCCAGGUUCCUGCCCUUUUCCCCACAAGUUGCUUUUGGUCAUGGUGUUUAACCACAGCAAUACAAACCCUAAGACAGAAAUUUAAGUCAGUGUAUACAUAUACAUAUAUAUAUAUAUACAUAUACAUACACAUACACAUAUACAUAUACAUAUACAGUUUAAAUGAAGCAUUCCCAUCCAGGAUGACAACGGUACCCUCUGAGAGCCACAGGCCAUCUUAACAAAACCUUCCAACAGCAGGCAUGAGAGGCUGUCUUUUGAGUUGUUGGUCAGGGUUGUCCAAGAGACUCUCCAAACUUCACAGGUUAUCAGUAGUGCCAUUUGUUGCCCUCAAGAGGUAGAAAAUAAGUCCCCAUCGCUAAAAACACAAGUUAUAUAGUCAGUGGUUUUCACAUAUCCACAACACUGUACUGCACUAUUGAUAAGUCAGUUAGUUUCACAAGUUAAUUUACGUUUUAUACAUGUAGAGUUGCUGGGUCAUGUGGUGACUCACAUGUAGUGUUUUGAGGAAUUACCAAGAUUACCACCUCACAGUUCUGUUGCACCUUCUCCCUAACUCUGCUGCCCUUGCUCAGCCGUCCGAUUUUAGUCAUCUGAGUGGGUCCGAAAGAGGCGUCACUGUGGUUUUGAUUUGUAUUUUCUGAGUAACUGAUGACGGUGAUCAUCUUUUCUGUGCCUUCCUGUCAUUCGCAUAUUUUCUUUGGAGACAUGUCCAUUUAAUCCCCUGCCCUGUUUUAGCUGGGCUCUUUGUCUUCUCAGUGAGUUUGUUUCCCUUUCUGAAGGUGACAGACAAACAUGCUGCUUAAGUCGUAGGAUCAGGCUCAAUCCUAGGACUGCGUUUUGCUUUGACUGCAGGCCCCUCUGCAUUCCCAGGUCUGAACAAUACAAGUUCCAUUAACUUAUACCCAGUGUGUGUGUGCCAGGCUCUCCACAGACUCCUGUACUAAAAUAACUUUGCAGCCUGCCAACAUUUCAUCAUGUGUGGGAGGAGCUCAUGAGCGCCCUCUUCCAAGGGGGUCUUUUGGCAGUUAAUGGUUACUGGGGCAUCAUUUCCUCUAGUGUUGUAGCUCCCGAGAUGUCACUCAUGAUUCAGUAAAUAAUUCUCUACCCAUGCUCAUGCAAGCAGCAACCCUAAUUAAACUCAGCAGGACAAACACCACACAUACCAGACCCCCCAAAUACACAUACACACAUAUGUCCUGCACACCACACUCAAUACAUACCCCCCCCACACCCCACAUGUCACACACACACAUAUGUCCUGCACACCACACUAUCUCUGUAUCUCUGUGUCUGUCUGUCUCUGUCUCUCUCUCACACACACACACAUACACACACACCAUGCAAAAUGGGAAAAUGGGGACUUGUUGGGAAAAAGAAGGGAUUUGGAAGGAGAGGGGUUUGUGAGAGGUUAAAAUGACCAAAAUCCAUCACACACAUAUAUGAAAAAAAAGAGGAAGGAAGAAGAGGAUUAGGAAGAAGUAGAUAAAGUAGAUGAAGGAGGAGGAAGAAGUGGAUGAAGUAGAUGGAGGAGAUAGAGGAGGAAGAGAGGAAGGAAAGAAGAAAGAAAGGAGGAAGAAGAAGAAGAAAGAAGGAACAAUAACAACAACAAAACAUCCAGAAAGACAAAACUGCUGUAGAAAAGUAGUGUCAAGUUUCUGCUCUUAAACCAAAGUUACACAGUGGGAGAUGAAACCAGGUCUACUGACUUCUUACCAACAACCCCGGGGAAAACAGACCAACCAAUCCCAUUUGCUGACGUCUGUGAAGAAUACACCUCUCUCUGGGUAGUGGUCAAACCCCGAGGCUAAGGCUUCAGGUUAGUGCUAUUUCCUGAAUUGCUGUCCAGCCUAUCAUGGAGAGACCUGCUCUAACAGGCUGCAGCUGCUCAGGGCGAAGCUGCUGGGGGCUGGGAACUGUAAGCAAAAAGCCCUAGAGGAGGAAUUGCCUCUUCCUGGUUGAAGCGGGAGCUACAGAUGCUUGCAGACGUCUCACAUUUAUUACCUAACGUCUACAAGAACGAGGGGGCACCACCAUAUGGCGCUGUUGUGUUUCUGAAGGGUGAUCGGAAUCCUAACCCUGAAUCCCAUUCGGGUUGGGUUGGGAGUGAAGAGAAAGUGGUUGAGCAUCAAACUGCAUGCUGUCCUCUGGAACUGUUGGCUUCUGAGACCAGAACAGACUCAAAGCUGCCCAGUAAUGUUCCUGCAGCCUUGGGUGUGCUGGGCCACAUUGUUCUCCCACCAGCAGGCUGGCACCUCCAGACUCACAGAGGGUACAUUCUUUCUUUGUAGCCAAAGCAGAUAUUUUUGCUUUGUGUGAAUCAUCUGAGGGGUGAGAAUAGCAGGCAGAGAAGGCGGGAUCAUCAUAAUCACCGAGAAGGAUUGUCAAGCCCCCACCUAAGUGUACCAGGUUUUCCUAGGCAGCGCCCGCAGGGGAACGUGACCUCUCAGACCUCGAUGGCGUUCCAGCAUGAGGCCCAGUCUGCCCCAAAGAAGUUUAAAUUCUGUGGGUAGAGCUACUUGUGUGGGCCACCAAGCAGGGUGGACUGUGAUAGAUGCUCCCGAUGACAAAGCAGCAGCCACAGCCAUGCACACUUAGACCAUCACAGCCCUUCCCUCCCAGCAGGCUACCCUCUCUGAUCCCAUGCAAUUCACAGAAGACUUUCCAGUCAACAGGACCACCAAUGUGCAAGGUCCAAACAGGUCAGUGGCCCAAAUGUGUCUGGGUCAGAAAUCCCUUUCGGAUGCUGGUGAAAGUUUUGGAUUUGUAGCUCAGCAGUCCCCUGGAAUGUGCACCUGUGUGAUUUCACGGUGUCAAUUCCUUGGUUUUAUGACCACGCUGAAAACCAACCUUGCAGGGACCUGUCGAUUCAUAACACUGUUUUCAGAGCCUAUUUCCUAAAGGGUUAAAAAUACUUUUAUCAAUUCAUAGAGAAUUUCAUAUAUUUUGAAAGUAUUCCCUCCUUCCCAUCUUCCUCCCAGAUUCACCCCCUUUUCAUAUCCACACAAUUUUAUAUUUGCUCUCCCUCCUCCCCACCCUUUAUCUCUCUCUUUGGUGGACCUACCAGAUGCCAUGCCCUUAAAGAAAACUGACUCUCCUCUCCUAGCAGGUAUCAAAGCAGAUAGCUUCUCACUCUGAGGUGGAGCAAAUUGCCUACUUCAUCUGCUACAUUUUGUCCAUAUGAAUACAUUUUGUCCACAUGAAUACAUUGUUGUGAUCACUGUUCACUGCACAACUGCCCUAUUUGUCCAGCAUCACUGCUGUCUCUGGGUCUUACACUUUUCCUUCUCUCCUUCUUGAGGGUCCCUCAGCCUUAGGGUAAAGCAAUGUAUUAUUGUCUUUAAAGCCCCAGAUGAACUCACGGAAACCCUUAACUAGGAAUAUUGUCUUUCUCGGGACUGAAGAGAUGGCUCAGGAGUUGAAAACACCCGUUCUUUCAGAAGACCCAGGCUUGAUCCCCAGCGCACACAUGAGAGCUCACAACUCUCUGUAACUCUAGUUCCAGGGCAUCUGACGCCCUCUUCUGGUCUCCGUGGGCACUGCAUGUACAUGUUGCCCAGACAUUCAUGAAGGCAAAACGCACCUACAAUCAUAAAAAGGAAUACUACGUUUCUCAGCUAUUUCUGUGUUGUAAACCCUUUUCGUCAAAAAUAUCCAGGUGUCCGUCAGUUGAUUAAUAAGCACUGUGGUAUGGCGUUGAUCCAGCCAUAGGAAAGAAUGAAAUCCUGUUGUCUGUAGAGAUACAGAUGUGCUCAGAGGACAUCACACUAAGUGAACUGGCCAGCCUCAGCAAGAUGACUUAUACAUGAGCUCACUUGAGAGCUGGAAGCUGGGAAGCUGAUCUCACAGAAAGUGAGAGUAGAGCUAUGGCCACUGGGGGCUGAACAGAGAUGAGAGAGACAGAAGGGGGUGGAUAGCAGGCACCUAAAGUCCAGUUACAGAGGAGGUAAGUUGUAAUAUUCUAGAAUGCAUUAGGGUGACUACCUUUAGCUAGAAUUUACCAUGUAUUUCAAAGCAACCACGAGAGUCUGAUUUUGCAACACAAAGAGAUGAUAAAUAUUUGAAGUGUUAGAAAUACUGCCCAUCUAGUAUAUCUAGUGUAUACACACAUAGAAACAUCACACUGUGUCAUAUACCUAAUUGUCAGAUGCUAAUUUAAAGACUCAUUUACUCAAUGCCCACUGUAGCCACACAUAAUUUAGACCCAAGCUCUCUAAGAACAGAACAACAACAAGAGUCAUCUGAAAACAAUGACCAUAUUUUUCUUCUUCGAUACACUAAGAAACAAACAAACACUUGCAUAGAAGUAGAGUUUAAAACGUUUUUAAUAUGGGGCUGGAGAGAUGGCUCAGGGGUUAAGAACAUUGACUGCUCUUCCAGAGGACCUGAGUUCAAUUCCAGCAACCACAUGGUAGCUCACAACCAUUUGUAAUGAGAUCUGAUGCCCUCUUCUGGUGUCUGAAGACAGCAACUAGACAAUGCACUCACAUACAUAAAAUAAAUAAAUAGAUAAAUAUGCUUUUAAUAUAAAGCAAGGCAGGUAAACCUGUCGUGUUAAGCACGCUGUCUUGCUUGGCCUUAUAUUGAAGGGUUCAGCGUUUUCAGAGCUAGGUGCAGGGGAGGAGACAGUUUUAAGUCUUCUACUGUGGUAAAACUAAUUUAAUGGCACAGCGCUAGGGUGGUGUGUGUGUGUGUAGGAGGCUGAGGGCAGUGACUGUGCCAGGUUUCCGGAGACGGGCGGCAGGAUUGACAGCCACAGCUUGGUCCCUGUGCUGUGAUGGAAUCUGCUGUGUGUGCAGACUCCUUCCUGCCCCACCCUACCCCCCAACUCAAUCCUGGCAGGUGCAGACAGACAGACACCCUGUUUUAAGGACAGAUGUGUGUUGGCUGCCCUCUCUGCACCUCCCCCGCGAGCACCCCCACCCCAGGAGCCUCUUGAUGGAAUGUCCUUUCCCAGGAGGCAUUGCGUCACUGCAAUCCCGCCUCAUGCUCUCCGUGGCAGCUUCUGCUCUGACCAAGAAAGGGCUGAGGUUUGGGUUUCAGAACUGCUGUGGGGGAGUAAUCUGUCUUAUGUGGCCCGUCUCAGAGCUGAAAAUGUCACCUAGCCCCAUUGUACGUUCUCCCAGUUAAAGCACUAAGACUCCCUGUCCUCCCCUGCCUCGGUCAACGCGGAGCAGGGUCCUCUACCCACCCUCUGUUACUCAGGGGCAGACUAAGAUGGAGUAAACAGGUGGAGGCCGAACCAUCGAGCACCCGUGCUGCCAAGCUCCUGGACAAGAACCCCUUCUCCGUCAGUAGCCAGAACCCUCUGCUCACUUCGCCAGCCAGCGUCCAGCUGGCCCAGAUACAGGCCCAGCUCACCCUCCAUCGGCUGAAGAUGGCACAGACCGCAGUCACCAACAACACUGCAGCCGCCACUGUCCUCAACCAAGUCCUCUCCAAAGUGGCCAUGUCCCAGCCUCUCUUCAACCAGCUUCGCCAUCCGUCUGUGCUUGGCACCACACAUGGCCCUACUGGGGUCUCCCAGCAUGCUGCCACCGUUCCCAGUGCUCACUUUCCCUCAACUGCAAUCGCCUUUUCGCCCCCAAGCCAGGCAGGAGGCCCGGGGCCUUCUGUGAGCCUCCCCAGCCAGCCCCCCAAUGCUAUGGUAGUGCAUACCUUCAGUGGGGUGGUGCCUCAGACCCCUGCCCAGCCAGCAGUCAUCCUAAGCAUUGGGAAGGCGGGGCCAACACCUGCUACUACAGGGUUCUAUGACUAUGGCAAAGCCAACCCUGGCCAGGCCUAUGGUUCUGAAACGGAGGGCCAGCCGGGCUUCUUGCCAGCCUCGGCGUCAGCCGCAGCAUCAGGCGGUGUGACCUAUGAAGGACACUAUAGCCACACAGGGCAGGAUGGCCAAGCCACCUUUUCUAAAGACUUCUAUGGACCCAGUGCCCAAGGGUCACAUGCAGCAGGUGGGUUCCCAGCUGAUCAGGCUGGGAGCAUGAAAGGAGACGUCGGUGGGUUGUUGCAAGGUACCAACAGCCAGUGGGAGAGGCCCUCUGGGUUCUCUGGCCAGAACAAGGCCGAUAUUACAGCCGGGCCCGGUUUGUGGGCUCCACCUGCCAGUCAGCCUUAUGAACUAUAUGAUCCUGAGGAGCCUACCUCAGACAGGGCCCCUCCUGCCUUUGGAUCUCGACUUAACAACAGCAAGCAGGGAUUCAACUGCUCCUGCCGGCGGACAAAGGAGGGGCAGGCCAUGCUGUCCGUGAGGCCCCUGCAGGGUCAUCAACUGAAUGACUUCCGAGGCUUGGCUCCACUCCACCUUCCACAUAUCUGCAGCAUCUGUGACAAGAAGGUGUUUGACCUGAAGGACUGGGAGCUACAUGUGAAGGGGAAGUUGCAUGCCCAGAAAUGCCUGCUCUUCUCAGAAAGUGCUGGCCUCCGGAGUAUAUGUGCUACAGGAGAAGGGACGCUGUCUGCCUCUGCAAACAGCACAGCUGUUUAUAACCCCACUGGAAAUGAGGAUUAUACCUCAACUCUUGGAACAUCAUAUGCAGCCAUUCCAACAAGGGCCUUUGCUCAAUCAAACCCCAUGUUUCCUUCGGCUUCCUCUGGGACAAAUUUUGCACAGAGGAAAGGUGCUGGACGAGUUGUGCACAUCUGCAAUCUCCCAGAGGGCAGCUGCACGGAGAAUGACGUCAUCAACCUGGGGCUGCCCUUUGGCAAGGUCACUAAUUACAUCCUUAUGAAGUCAACUAAUCAGGCUUUCUUGGAGAUGGCUUACACAGAAGCUGCUCAAGCUAUGGUCCAGUACUACCAAGAAAAGCCCGCGCUUAUCAAUGGCGAGAAGUUACUCAUUCGGAUGUCCACGAGAUACAAGGAAUUGCAGCUGAAGAAACCUGGGAAAAAUGUGGCUGCUAUCAUCCAGGACAUCCACUCCCAAAGGGAGAGGUGCAUGCUCCGGGAAGCUGACAGAUAUGGUCCAGAGCGACCACGUUCUCGAAGUCCAAUGAGCCGAUCGCUCUCCCCGAGAUCCCACAGUCCUCCUGGCCCCUCUCGGGCUGAUUGGGGCAAUGGCCGUGACUCCUACGCAUGGAGGGACGAGGAUCGGGAGACGGUGCCCAGGAGGGAGAACGGGGAAGACAAGAGGGACAGGUUGGAUGUUUGGGCACAUGACCGGAAACACUAUCCCAGGCAGCUGGACAAAGCCGAGUUGGAUGAGCGACUCGAAGGAGGGAGGGGCUACCGGGAAAAGUACUUGAAGUCAGGGUCCCCCGGCCCACUCCAUUCUGCGUCUGGCUACAAAGGCCGGGAAGAUGGCUACCAUCGAAAAGAGACUAAAGCUAAGUUGGACAAACACCCAAAGCAGCAGCAGCAGGAUGUGCCAGGAAGAUCCAGGAGGAAAGAAGAGGCGCGACUACGGGAGCCCAGACACCCUCACCCAGAGGACUCUGGCAAGGAAGAGGAUCUGGAGCCCAAGGUCACUCGGGCCCCCGAGGGUACCAAGUCCAAGCAAAGUGAGAAAAGUAAAACCAAGAGAGCCGACAGAGACCAAGAAGGAGCUGAUGACAAAAAAGAAGGCCGAGGGGCAGAGAAUGAGGCUGGGACUGAGGAACAGGAAGGCAUGGAAGAGAGCCCCGCAUCGGUGGGCACACAGCAGGAAGGGACGGAGUCCUCCGAUCCAGAAAACACAAGGACAAAGAAGGGACAAGACUGUGACAGUGGAAGUGAGCCUGAGGGGGACAACUGGUACCCCACCAACAUGGAGGAGCUGGUCACAGUGGACGAAGUAGGGGAGGAAGACUUCAUCAUGGAGCCAGACAUACCGGAGCUGGAAGAAAUUGUACCCAUCGACCAGAAAGACAAAAUCCUCCCCGAAAUAUGUCCCUGUGUAACAGCCACCUUAGGUUUGGACUUGGCCAAAGACUUCACCAAGCAGGGAGAGACCCUAGGGAACGGAGACGCAGAACUCAGCCCGAAGCUGCCCGGACAAGUGCCGUCUACUUCCACAAGCUGUCCCAAUGACACGGACAUGGAGAUGGCUGGCCUAAAUCUGGAUGCUGAGCGGAAGCCAGCUGAAAGCGAGACAGGCCUCUCACCGGAGGUCUCAAAUUGCUACGAGAAGGAGGCGAGAGGAGCGGAGGGCUCAGAUGUGCGUCUGGCCCCUGCAGCCCAGCGAAUGUCCUCCCCUCAGCCAGCAGAUGAGAGGGCCCAGCAGUCCAGCCCUUUUCUCGAUGACUGCAAGGCCAGGGGGUCCCCAGAAGAUGGGCCUCAUGAAGUCAGCCCCCUGGAAGAAAAAGCCAGCCCCACUACUGAAAGCGACCUCCAAAGCCAGGCUUGCCAAGAAAACUCCAGGUACACGGAGACGAGAUCUCUGAACUCGAGAUCACCAGAAUUCACCGAAGCGGAGCUGAAAGAGCCCCUUUCUUUGCCUUCCUGGGAACCAGAGGUGUUCAGUGAACUUAGCAUUCCUCUAGGAGUGGAGUUCGUGGUUCCCAGGACUGGCUUUUACUGCAAGCUGUGUGGCCUGUUCUACACAAGCGAGGAGGCGGCCAAAGUGAGCCACUGCCGCAGCACUGUACACUACAGGAACUUACAGGUAACCAGCCGCCAUGCUCGCUGCGCCCCUGAUGAGAUCCCCCAGCCGACUUGUCCCCGCUCCCCCACCCCCCUCCCCACCACCCCUCCACCCCCACCUCCGCACUCUUUCCUGAGGUGCUCCUGUAAAUACCAACCUGAGUAUGCAGACAACACCCGACUGCCAGGCUUCCUCCUAAGGGCACCCAGAGCAUCAACCCCACAACAGUACUCAGACCGGCUGGUGGCUUUUGAGACAUCUGCCACGCCCAGUGAGGUAGAGCAGAAUCAAGUUCCACGAUCUGCUGGUACUCUCCUGACACAUUGGUAUAGCUCUCAGCCAGGCCCCGGGCCUUCAGCUGCAGGUAUUCCCCGGUCUCUUCCUCUGCGCAGAUAACUAUAUAUUUACACACUGGAAUAAAGAUCACAGUUUCACUU